CAAUCACGUGCUAAUUAACCUUUAAUACCUGCGUAGCCAAAAGAUAUCGGAAGAAAAUGGCGAGCCUGUCAUCUUAUUCUUUAUUCUUGUUUUUAGCGUUUUCUGCUUGUAUUUUUAUUUCAAAUGGUAAACUUCACGCGUCUUGCAAAAUUCAGUGGGAAUGGAAAGUUAACUGUACUACUGUCAACGAGAUGAUAAUCUCGCAGAUCAAGGGAUGGAAUGGUCCAGAGGGAUGUGCUAAAGGUGGUGAAAAGUGCCUGUACACUUUAGUAGAGUCAAGUCCCACCCUAAYAAAAGCCAUCCAUGAAACUCCAGUCAAGCAUUAUAAGGAUGAUUUAACUUUCAACUUCACCAAGACAGGAGGAGGAUGCUCUGUUGGGGGAUAUUCUACAUCUGAGGUUUGGUAUGCAGUCCUUGAUUAUGGAACCAACUAUUGUAACCUGCACAAUUUAAUAACAGGCUCAAAACUUGACAAAGCAGAAGGUUACAAAGAAACUACCAGUGACAGUAUCUGUACCCAGUACUCAUCCAGUAAUUGUGAGAAGUAUUAAAAGUAAUUUGGAAAAGUUUAAAAAGGAAGCAAAACUUAUUCAUAAUCAAGAGACAAUAUGACAGGUCCCUAAUGCAAAUUUCAAACUCUCGUAUAAGUUCACAUUAUUAGUUGCAUUCAUGCAUUAAUUGUAAUUGUUUGAUGAAUGAAAAGUGUAUGAUUUUUUCCAAAUAAGAUGUUUAUUUUGCACUGGAGAUAUUAGUAAGGCUUCGCAUAAAAGUACUUUAUGCAUAACCACAUUUUAAGUCGCAUCACAGAUUAUGGAAUGGCAAAAAGAAAAAAAAAAGAGACAAUCAACAAUUACCUAAAUUUGUAAUAAAAGCUUUUUGUACUGAACCAAAAGUUAAAAAAGAUAUGCAUAUAUGGUUCAUUCGUAAUAAUCAUAUAACAAUUAURAAAUGAACUUUAAAAAACUUUUGAUUUUGUU